GGGUUCGGCUGGGCUGUCAGGCUAACUGGACCUGGUCUAUCUUACGAAGAGUUCAAGAAACCUUUGGCUUGAAUUGAGUCACGACAGGUUUAAAGAUUCGAGCGCGUGUGCGCGUGCUUGGAGCGCUGAAGAGGAGACGUGAAGGUUAAAGGUUUCCCCUCUGCCAUGUUCAGGUAAGGUCCUGCUCUUCUGUGGCUCACAAUGCGGAAGCGUCUGGACAGGAUUCGCUUCCGUGGUCGACGGGACGACGACACAGCCGACUCGCCCAACGCCUCUGACACAGAAUGCACCGAGGAGCUUGUGGUCAGACCUCGGGACUCCAUCAGGGAGAUAGAGGAGGUUAGAGAUGGGGAUAGUGAGCAGCAGAGUGAAAUACAGGUUGCAAACGCAGGACUUCAAGAUGAUGGAAGGUCUGACAUGAAUGAGGUCAAAGCUCUUCUUGAGGUUGCCUUAUUGGAGAAGCACUUCUUAGAGGAGGAGCUGAGGAAAAUUCGAGACGAGGAUUCCAACAUGGACUCCUUGAAACAAGAACUGGAAAAAGAACGCUGCCGGAACCAGGAACUGGAGCAGAAGAUCAACGAGGCCAUGAAAUCCAGUCUUGAAGAUUCACCCUCCUUCAAUGCUAGAAGCACAGCACCCCCUUCUCCUUCAGUCAGCAUUGCAGAGAGGCAGAAGUCUUCCCUUUCCAGCAGCUUCCAGAAAUGGCUUUACAGUCGGUUUGGAGAUUAUAUAGAAGACUUCCGCUUCCAACCAGAGGAGGCGCCACCAGAACCAGAUGAGCCACUGAGUGCCAAGAGGCUGACAGAGAACAUGAGGCGACUCAAACGUGGAUUAAAACCCGUGACCAACUUCAAAAGGAACCUCACUGCCUUAUCAACCUGGUAUUCGUUCUAUACGUCUGCCAUCGCUUUUAUUGUUUACAUGUACACUGCUUGGUAUGGCUGGACCAUCCCCAUGUUCCUCUUCCUCGCCAUCGUUCGCUUGUCUUUGAAUUAUCUCAUCUCCAGGGGUUGGAGGAUCCAGUGGAGCAUUGUGCCGGAAAUAUCUGAACCCGUGGAGCCUCCCAAAGAAGACUUGUCGGUGUCAGAGAAGUUCCAGCUGGUUCUGGACGUGGCUCAGAAAGCACAGAAUUUGUUUGGGAGGAUGGCCAACAUCUUGGAGAAGAUAAAGAAUCUCUUCAUGUGGGUUCGUCCUGAGUUGACUCAGAAGUUGUACGUGGGUCUGUGGGUCGCCUUUGUCUCCUCCUGCCUGCUGCCGUACAGUUUACUCGGCUUAAUCAUCGUCGUGUAUGCAGGCAUCAAGUUCUUCAUCAUCAACCUCAUCUUCAAGAGCUGUCCCAAGCUGAGGCAGCGCUUCGACACGCCGUACGUCAUCUGGACCAACUUACCCACUGACCUGCAGCAGAAGGAGCGAAGCAGCACUUCCAUGAGCAGACGGCCUUCCGAGUGUGACCAGGGUCAGGCUACAGGGUCGCGGGGUGCCCUGGGGACGGCUGCUCCUGUGGGUCUGAGUCGAGAGGAGGACACAGGAAGAUCUUACAGCACAAGAAGAGGAGCCUUCCAUGAGGUCUUCAACCUGCUGGAGAGUGAGCGCCCCCUGCCAGGGUGUGAGAACGGUUGGCGAUGCUGCCUCAUUAACCGAGACAGGAAGUCACCGACGGACUACAUUCGUCACGGCUUCCUCUACGUAACAGAAAAUCACCUGUGUUUUGAGAGUUCCAGCUCCAGGUCCGGAUCCUCCAAGAGAAACAAAGUCAUUAAACUCGCAGACAUCACAGAAAUCCAGAAGUACAAAGUCCUGUCUGUGCUGCCGGGAUCUGGGAUGGGGAUCUCCAUUGCCACCCCGUCAACACAGAAGCCGAUGGUGUUUGGGGCGAUGAUCCACAGGGACGAGGCUUUCGACGCCAUCUUCAACCAGUACAUGAAAGUAGUAACCAUGACGACGGCAGCCAGCCCCGAGACGUAGAGGCCGUCUCACAAACACCUCAGAUGUUUUUAAAUCAGUCGCUUGUUUGUUUUAACAUGAUUUCACUGUGUCUUCUACGUAGAGUGUCACUUGUAUGAAGCGUAUUACUUCUCAGGUGUUUUUGAUAAGAGUCAUCAUUUUAAGAAAUUCUUUUGUAGCAGUUUUUACUGAAAUUGCGAGACUGGUAAUUCAUGUUUCAUUUUUUUUGUUACCUAUUGUGCCUAAAACUCACUCAGUAUACGCUAGUAAAUGUGUCUGAUUUUUACUUUAUUUAAAUUGCAUUCUGAAACACAUACAUCAGUGUCAAAUACUCUUCAUACAUUCCAUGUCCUACACAAAGCGUGUGGAUUUGAGUCUUUAGAAUUCAGCUCAUAUGAGGUGCACAAGGCUUUGAAUUUCCUCAGUACUCUAAAUGUAUGUAAAUGUAAUCGUAAGAUUCAUCUGGUGUAGCUAUAUUCCCAUGCUCCUAGUAUGUAUUUGAGGGCUCCAACUUGGAAACAAAUGUCAAGAACAAUCAUAUCUAUAUCUACUUUUUACAUUUUUGCCUUAAACAUUUUAGUAGUUAGGGGCUGUUGUUUUUUUUGGGGGGGGGGAUGCAAUGCUUUAUCAUGAGUACAAAGCGCACUGGGUACUUUUAAACCAACAGCUACUGUGUCAUAUGGUGUCAGUCAUCGUAUCGUGAGCUCCUGGUGAAUGCACAAGUUCAACUGACUUUUGAAGUCAAGUUGAAGCUUUUAUAAAAAGAAGAUUCUCAGUGCUGAUAACUAAUAGGCUACUUUCUUCAUGGAUUUGUAAAAUUUCAUCUAGAACGAAAAGAUUGUGCAGUAUAUGAGUUUUCUGAUGUACGAAUGUAACUUGAAAAAAGUGAACUUUUCAAACUCAUUUUUUGGCAAACUACAGUUCAAUAAUGUUUAAUGAGCAAAUUCCAUGGAAUCAUUUCAUUUAGUGCUGACUUUUUUAAGUUAGGGUGGGGAUGAAUGUAAAUGUCAGGGUUUCUGGCAGAUUGUAAUCUUCCAUGUUUUCCCCUUUUUACUUGAGUCACUAAAGCCUUAAUCAGAAAGGUCAAUUCAUUGUAAUUGUUUUGUUUUCCUCGUGAUGACUGUUAUUGAGGUAGCAAAACUGAUGUCACCUAAAUAUUAUUUUUAUUUUAAUACAAACAUCUGAGCACUGA